GAGGGACGACGACGACGACGACGACAGCGAUGAUGAUGAUGGUGCGAGCGAAGAAAACGAGCCUGAUGACGAUCUCGCCGAUAGCAACACACUGGCUCCUGCAAACGCACAACAUGGUAUACAUAUACUCAUGCCUUGGGCUCGGGAUCCAAACAAGCCACAGCCGUGGGACAAUGACUCGCGCUUCGGGCUUGGCUGGAUGACACCCUACGGCGGCCUGACCAUGGUGCCUGUGUGGCGGCUCGAUCCGCCGUUGGAGCAGGAUAUUCUGGUCACGCUUUGGCAGGCCGGCGUGUUUGACAAGAACGAGGGUGGCGGCAGCAUGAACACCCGCGACGACGCUCACGCGGUUGAUGCAGGCGGAGUAGGAGCAAACAACACGCCGCGCUCCUGCUGGUCGAGCAAAGGCAUCCGCGUCCGCCGGUUCGUCCGGGAUGAGGAACCCGCUCACGCUUCUUCCCUGGAAAGCCAUCACGACAGCGGUCGACCUCCAGUCAGUAAUAACAACAACACGCUCCCGACGAACUCAAACCAAGCUCGCUACCACGCCGACGAUACUAGGAACAGGCUGUACCUUGUCGCCGACGAGCGGAAUCCGCAGCGCACCCAGACGUACAUGCUCAAGCUCAUGCUGCCCUUGUGUCCGCGCGGUGGAGCAAAGACCGCAAGCGAGGUCGCGGCCAUGGCGUGGGCACGUGAGAACACUCACCUGCCGGUGCCCCGGGUGCGGGCGUUUUGUACAUCUCGAAGGGAGAACCCGAUGGGCCUGGAGUGGAUCUUGAUGGAAUAUCUCGGGCUCGGCGAGGACAUUGACGAUGCUGACGAUGAAGCUGGCGAGGCUGGUGGUGGUGGUGGUGGUGGUGGUGCUAUCGUGAAGGACAGGAUGGUCCGGCCGCUGUCUGAGUGCUGGCAUGACGUGUCGAUGGGCGCAAAGAAACGGAUUGUCGAGCAGCUGGCGCAGUAUUGUGCUGCCAUGUGCAAGAAGCCAUUCGGGGGCGGGAUUGGGAAUGUAUAUCCCGGAGAUGACAAGGGGCUGGUCUUGACCGACAGAACGGAGCGAGAGUAUUGCGGCAUAGCAGACACCGGCCAUGGCGGGCCAUUAAAGUUCCACAAAGGGCCAGUGGUGUCAAUGCCGUUCUACUAGGGAGAGCGCGGCACGGCGCCUCGGAGCCUCAACAAGAACCCGGGCGAGGACGACCGCUGUGGACCAUUCCUGCAGACACGACAGUGGAAUCUCGGGAGACUCGACAUUGCCCGCGCCGACC